CCACAGUUUGAAAACCUUCAGCUGUAUGUUAAAACAGCUUCCAAACUUUGCUUUUUCUGAGCUUAAUUAAUGUCUGAUAUAUUUUGUGCCUGCAGCCAGAACUAAAAGCGAAUGGGGAUUGAAUUGCUCUGUCUUUUUUUCCUAUUUCUACAAAGGAAUAAAAAUGUACAAGGAAAUUGUGAUUCAGGGAGUGCCAUGAACUGUGAAGAUUGUUUGCUCUCUGGACCAGGCUGUGGCUGGUGUUUCCAAGAGAAUUUUACUGAUUUAUCUGACAUUCAUAAAAGGUGUGACACUCUUGAAAAGCUUAUUUCGGAAGGAUGCCACCUGAAUUUCAUUGAAUUUCCCAUUUCCAAAGUAGAGAUCCAUGAAAACAAGCAUCUGAGUGAUGGGCCACAAAUAAAUGGUUCAGAAGUUACUCAGAUUUCUCCUCAAAAGAUAACUGUUUUCCUGCGGCCAGGAAAUGAAGAAACGAUACAGAUCAACGUUCGUCAGACUGAAGAUUACCCAGUUGAUCUCUACUACCUCAUGGACCUUUCAGCUUCUAUGGAUGAUGAUCUGAAAACCAUAAAGGAACUAGGGUCCACCUUGUCCAAAGAAAUGUCUAAGCUCACCAGUAACUUUCAGAUGGGCUUUGGGUCUUUUGUUGAAAAACCAGUUUUACCAUUCAUCAAUACUCUGAGGGAAGAUCUGAAGAAUCCUUGCCGAAAUGUUGCAUUUGAUUGCUUGCCAACAUUUGGAUACAAGCAUGUUCUGUCAUUGACAGACAAUGCAGAAAGAUUCAAUGAAAUUGUGAAAAAACAGAAAAUCAGUGCAAAUUUAGAUACUCCAGAAGGAGGAUUUGAUGCAAUUAUGCAGGCAGCUGUUUGUAAGGAAAAAAUUGGCUGGAGAAAUGAUUCAUUACAUCUGUUAGUGUUUGUGAGUGAUGCCGAUUCUCAUUUUGGGAUGGAUAGUAAAUUAGCAGGAAUAGUUAUUCCAAAUGAUGGAAAAUGCCACUUGGAUCAACAGAAUGAAUACUCCAUGUCAACUGUUUUGGAAUACCCAAGUUUAGGACAAUUGAUAGAGAAGAUUGUGCAAAACAACAUUCUGUUAAUUUUUGCAGUCACCAAGGAACAAGUUAAUUUAUAUCAGCAAUAUGCAGAUCUUAUUCCUGGAGCUACUGUUGGAACACUACAGCAUGAUUCUGGAAAUGUUCUUCAAUUGAUUGUAGAAGCGUAUAAGUCACUCAGGUCUGAGAUAGAGCUGGAGGUGCUGGGAGACACAGAUGGAUUAAAACUUGACCUUACUGCCAUCUGCAGCCAUGGCUCUGCCUUUCCACACCAGAAGAAAUGCUCUCAUAUUAAAGUUGGAGAACAGGUCACUUUCAAUGUGACUUUAAGUUUAAGCCCUUCAGCUUGUGGGGAAAGGAGAAGGAAAGUCCUAAUCAAGGCCACUGGUCUAAAUGAAGCGUUGGAGAUUGAGAUCCAGCCUGAAUGCAGCUGUCAUUGUCAGAAGGAAGCGGAGGUGAAUAACUCCAAGUGUAACUAUGGGAAUGGUUCUUUCGAGUGUGGAGUAUGUGUGUGUAACCCUGGCUACAUGGGUCCAGACUGUAAAUGUAGUGAAAAAGAUGCACUGACUACAGAGUCCUGCAAAAGUUUCCCUGAGCAGAUCCUGUGCAGCGGAAGAGGCGACUGCUAUUGUGGACAAUGUAUUUGCCACCUUUCAGCAUAUGGAAAUAUAUAUGGGCCAUACUGUGAAUGUGAUGAUUUCUCUUGUGGCAGAUUCAGAGGGCUGGUCUGUGGAGGCAAUGGGGACUGUGCCUGUGGUCAAUGCAGUUGCCACCCUGGCUGGAUAGGUGAAUACUGCAACUGUACCACGGAUACCGAGAGUUGCAUUUCUAAUGAUGGCGUCAUCUGCAGUGGGAGAGGCAAAUGCGUGUGUGGAAAAUGUGUAUGCACAAAUCCUGGGGUUUCAGGCAAUGUCUGUGAAAAAUACCCUACAUAUGAUGAUCCUUGCAACUCUAAACGGAGCUGUGUGGAAUGUUAUCUACUGCAUCAGGAAGACUGCGCUGAAAAAUGUAAAUUGGUUGACGCAGUGAUCAGUCAUGAUGAAGGUUUUUCCUCAUUCUCAGAUAUUACGGAAGAUAAAUGGGUUCAUUGUGUGUUACAUGGGAAAAACGAAUCUGUUAUCACAUUUGUAAUGACAGCUAAUGAACAGGGAAAAGUCAUCAUUCACAACAUAAAGCAAAAAGAUUAUCCACAACCUCCAAAUAUUACAACGAUUAUGUUGGGUGUUUCUACUGCAGUUGUCGUCACUGGGAUUGUCUUACUUUCCAUGUGGAAAUUGUUUAUUUCAUUUGAAGACCGUAAAGAAGUUGCUAAAUUUGAAGCAGAGAGGUCAAAGGCCAAAUGGCAAACGGGAACAAAUCCCCUCUACAGAGGGUCCACAUCAACUUUUAAGAAUGUAACAUACAAGCAAAAAGAAAGGCACCGUGGCAGUCCUGCCAAUGCAUUCUAAUAAUUCGAAAUUAUGAAGAAAACUGUUCUGGAAAACUUUUUAUUUUAAAAAAAGGAAGUUUGGUCUGUUUUCUUCUAAAUUUGUUUGGAUGGUUCUAAUAAAACUACUAUGGUGGUGUGAAAGGUUUAAGGUGAGAGCAUAUGUGCUUUUAAAAGUUGGACUGUUUUGGAACUAGACAGGGAGCUGAACAGCAGUAGAGGAGAUUGAAUGACAAAGAGCCAUCUGGGCAUGUAGGAAUGCACCAAUUAAGCAUGACAUGAAAAUAAUAUCUGUGCAAUUUUGCUGUAAUGAGAUUUGGGGAUUGGUCUGAAUGACCUUUCAAGAAAUCCAUUUCAAGUAUCCCUUCUGAUCUCAAAGUAAUUCAAGAUGUUAGAACAAACCUUCUUCUCAAUCUCUGCUGAGGAGUAUAGUUCAGCCAGUUUUGUCCCUCCGAGUCAGGAUUUUACUGCAAGUUUAAGAUAUACAGUACCUUUAGAGUAUUUGCACCUUAAAUAUUACCAGAUAAAGAAACAGAUUUCAGUUUUAAAAGAAAGAAAACUUGGGAGAGAAAAGUAUUCGUGAUUUAUUAAUAAAGUACCCAGCACUGACAGCUGUAUUCUUAACCAUGGUGCAAUAUUAGGUAUUUUGUUUAGAAGUCCCAUGAAGUUAAAUGAGACAGUUUCCUAUGAAAUGUUUUGCCCUCUAGACUAGAGGUUGAUGGAUUGAGGAGAGCCAUGUUGAGUACAUCCUUGGUGGUAAGAGGAUUUGUUGCUGGCUAAGAAUACAAUAUGUAUGGCCACUAGAUUUUUUUUUUCUUUGGUACUUUUCAGAUUUUUCAUCGAUUUGAUUUUUGUAUUGUCCAAUGGCAUCUCUUUGGUGAACAGCCAUUUUGCCCUUUAAAGCAACCAGAAUACAUACCAUGUACUUUCCAAAUUACAACAUAUCUAAUGAUCCCAAAUGUUGAGGACUUAUGAUUAAGGGAGUUGCUUUUUUUCCAAAUAUCUAAAUAAGGUUUAAUACAGUAGGUCUCAAAGAUUUUCUAUGCUGCAAAUAUGGUUUUUGAUAAUGCAAAUUUUAAACAUUUUUUUAAAAAACAGAGAGUAUGUGUGUUUUAUCCUGAAGAAUAUGUUUAGUAAUGGUGAUGGGAGUUUUUACUAUGAAUGUACUGUGCAUUUAAGACACUGGAAAAGUCUGUUGUUAUUUUUACUGAAAUGGUUUUGACCCAAGGCUGGACCUAAAAUAAGGCCAAAACAUUAUCAGUACCGUAAUAUUAUUAUUACUCUUUGGAGUCCUUUGGCAUUAUUUUCUAAUAUGUAAAUAGCACACUUUUUUUAAAUGGAAUGCUUAUUACAUUUUUAAUAUGCUGAUAUGUAAACUGAUUCUUUAAAUUGUUUUCACAUAAAUUCUGUGUUAUAAAAUGAAUAAGUAAAAGAAGGUCAAAUAUGAGCCACAGUGGUGCAGUGAUUAGAGUGCAGUACUGCAGGCAACUUCUGCUGACUGCCAGUU